UAAAAAAAAGAAGAAAAAAAAAGAACCCUACUGCACAAGCAUUAAUAUUAGACGGAAGCAAUCCAACCGUGUCGACUUCGAGCCUUGCCUUGUUCUCUCUCGCUGUCGCUCUUCUUCUCUUCCGCCAUCGAUCCCUCUCAUCAAUCCUCUCAGUCUUCGGCCUCUCAUCCUCUCCAGAGCAGGAGCAACCACCAAACCCUCCCUUCCUCUCCUUCUGAUCUCUCGAAGCUUGGAAGGAGAAAAAUAGGGUGAUCCUUUUACCCUUGUUCCGUUUGGAAAGAAUAGAAGAUGCCGCAUCGGACGCGGCCGAUGACGUCGCUCCUGGUGUUCAUGGGGUUGAACUUGGUCCUUGUCAACACACUCUCUCCGGUUUACGAUUUUGUUUGCUUCCUUCCCUACUGGGAACGCCGGAGGGAACGACGUCGAAAGGAGCGUGAGGCUGCCUCUGAAAAGGUUUCUCAGACAACUUAGAUGCUCUUGCCAGGUUCUUUGCUCCAAUUCUCCUUAAAAUAGUGGUAUCCUGAAACCCUAAAUUGAUUUUGCAUCUUCUCAAUACUGGAAACGAACUUAUGUAAGCUUCGAAGGGUGAACUCCUUUGAAGACGUGGUUUCUGUUGACACCAUCAUAGAUGGCUAUUUAUGUAGUGGAGCAAACACUAGGUUAUUAGCAAGGUCAUUUAGUGACUUAUGUUGUUUGGAGAUGCCAUUAGGCUAAAUAUCGUAUUUCCAAGAGAAAAAUAUUGUAGUUCCAAUUUACUU